CCAACGCGAUCCUGGCCAUUCUCUUGCUCCGCUCACUCCCAAACCCAAAUUGCUCGCUUGUCUGUUCCGGAGGUUUAGCCGCUGCUUUUGAGAGUGUUCGCGGAAUGUAACCAUGAAUUAAACACACACCGACCACUCGUUGACGCCCGUUUAUUCGCCCCACCAAGAAAAGGCUGCAUGGGGUGCAGCAACGCUUGACUGUGGAACGACUGCUGCAAUGGUCCUGGAUCUGGGAGAGAACUGUAUGGAGCAGGCUGAUGGGGAGGGCAUGGCAGCUACCAGUGCUGACAUUCAAGAGGUGGAGUCCAGUUUGGAGAAGCUCAGACCUGUCCGGGCCAGGGCCAGGGCCAGAGCCAGAGCAAGUAGCAUCACCCAGAGGGAAAGGCGGCUCUACAAUGGGCCGCAGAUUCACCCCUCCGCUGGCGUGCCUUGCAGCACGCCAGCGGAGCUCAGAGCCCAGGCUGCAGCUGUGAGCAGCAUCCGAGGAACAGAGCCAUUGGAUGGACCUGCAAAGAGGGCGGAGCUCCGGAGGCCCCUCAGCCUGGAGGUCAAACCUCAACUCCCUCGGACCAAUCCACAGUCUGAAAGGAAGGUGCUGCAGCCCCCAUGGCGCUGUGGGGCGCCGUCGCCCCCCAUGCGAAGUCUGACGAGCCCCAGCCUGGGCCCUGGAAGUUGGAUGCGCCGCAGCGAGAGCACCUGCACUAUGAACUCCACACCGACCCCCCGAGGGGGCAGAGGACGAAUCCGACCAGCUAUGUCCCUGCCACAUAUUGCCAGAGGUGUCGGGGCUGUACCGCUAACCACACCUUCUACUCCGCGUGGGCCCUGCCUGCUAGUGGCCCUGCGCCCUAUAAACCUCGAGCAGGAACGUCAGACCUUUUUCCAGUCUGAUUAUAAAUAUGAGCCCCAGUUUCAGUAUGCCUGCUCAGAGCCCAGCAGCGUCCUGGAGAAGUACAAUGAAGGCUCUGCCCUUUUUCUUACCCAGGCAGUUGGUGUUAUGGAGUGUGUUUUGAGAAGGUUUGGCAACUAUGAGAACUUUGAAGAAGUUACAGGAGGAAGUGUGUUACCAAAGAGUCGUGUGUGGGCAACUGCACGCAAGUACUUACAGAAAGAGGGCUGUGUGGGUGAGGUGGUGGUGUGUCUCUCUGACGAGCUCCUGUCCCAGGCUGUUAUGACAGUAGAGAGCUGUAGGCCAACUCUGACAAUCAACUUGUCUGGAGCAAGACAACACUGGCUAGAAGGGAUGCUAAGACAUGAGAUUGGUACACAUUACAUACGAGGCGUGAACAACAACAUGCAGCCUUGGGCCACUGCUGUUGGCAGAAAGCAGUUUGAACUGAGGCCAGCCAAUCCAACGGAGGAAGGCCUGGCCAGCCUGCACAGUGUGCUGUUGCGGAAACAGCCGUUCUUAUGGCGAGCUGCCCUCCUGUACUACACCGUGCACCAUGCAGCCAGGAUGAGUUUCAGCCAGCUCUUCAGUCAUAUCGCUCGCUUCGUCCAGGACCCUGCUGUACGCUGGGAAUACUGCCUCCGUGCCAAACGGGGACAAACAGAUACCUCGAAACCAGGCUGCUUCAGUAAAGAUCAGGUUUAUCUUGAUGGAAUCCUAAGAAUUCUACGCCAUAGGACAAAUAUAGAUUUCAAGAUGCUAACCUCACUGGGAAAGGUGUCUUACGAAGACGUGGAGCGACUUCGCCACCAUGCCAUUCUCCGUGGAACAAGGAUCCCUCACUUCAUGCGGGAUGAGGAACGGUACCGGCAGCAGCUCGACCACAUUGUCACCGUCAAUGAGCUCAGUGAUGCAGAGCUGCAAGAAUUAAUUCCCUGAGUAUUCAGGCAGCCGGACAGCCGGAGAACGUGGGCAGAUUUGAACAUCUGCCUCCCUUUCACAAAUAUGCCCAUCACAAUCGAACUGAAUCACUCCAGGAGUGACACCAGUGUCCGAAAGAAAAAGAAAAUAAGAUUCAUUUCCACCUGGAUUUUAUCAGUAUCACCAUCAGAUUUCACAUAUACAGCAUUUCAUGCUGGUACACACUUGGUGGUUAUGUCCAAGGAGAGGUCUUUACAAUGGAUUGACCAUGUUGGUAUCAGUGAAGUGAUAACAGUUUUUAUUAAAGCUUCUUGAAGUGCCACCACAUCCACAAUAUUUAUGUUUACAAUUUGAGAUUGUCAACUUCUCAGAACAGUAUACCUUUGUCAAAUGGUUGAAUCCUCAAAAAUACUGUAUAAUAAUGGUAGCCAAUUAAUUAGAGGCUAAUGAAAGCUCAAAGGUAUCUUAAUUGCUUUGGCAGGGCUGCACUUAUUAUAAAUCAAUUUCCAUAUUUAAAUGAAAGCUCCUAGCCAAGCCAGAGCUACUUAAAGUACCAUUCACACUCCAUCACUGACCCCACUUUCCCUUGUGUUCUCUACAUGAACAUUGUAUUUAAUGUAGUUCCUGUAAUGAAGUUUUAAUACACUGCUAGUUUUUUUUUUAAACCACUGUCAGUAUAUAUGUAUUUAUGCAAGUAUUUAUUAUUUAUUUAACUCUUGUAUUCAUAAUGAAAACUGAAUGUUCUUGGUUUUAGCUUUAUAUCUCCAUUGAAGGAGUACAUUGUUGUACACCGUAGUAUUACAAAAGGACACCAAGGAUGUUCAACAAAAAGUUCCAUGGUGGCUGUGAACCAUGGUCGUGUCAUUGAGGGGAAAAACACCACUAAGUGCAAUUGACUUUUCACCCUAUUAAAUGACACCAUUUUAUAUAAAUGUCAACAUAGAAAAGGCCACCGGUUGUAGUUCAAUAUGGACAGAUGAUGCGAUUGUUCUUUUUGGAGCACCCUUGGUGGACUUCAUUUCUCAUGCUAAUGUGAUGUGAGUGCUCAUGUAAGCCAGUUACCACUGCAGCCUCUGCUCUCAAUGCCUGUACACAACCAACCAGAUCUGGCCCAUUGCCUGCAGCUUCCUCAGUGUUGUACAUUUCAGAAGGAAGUGUGAUGGACUCAGGAAGAGAUGUGAGGAGGUGAUGUGGAUGUGCCUUAGAUGGGUGGAGAACUCAUCUGUAGUGGCCAUUUGUAUGCUUGAAAAUACAUAUUAAACUUACUAUAGUAAUCUUCUCUGUACUGCACGGACAAUGCACAUUUCAUGUUCAAAAUACUCUGCAAUUUAUUAAAAUAGUAUAGACUUCA